GUGCAACAUCAGCUGAUGCCACUAUACAGAUUAAAUGAUUUUUUGGUUUUUAGUGGAAUAUCUAAGAAGCAUAUUAAUUGCUGGUACAUUAAUUACCAAUUACAAAUUAAUUUAUGGGCAAUAACUUACUGUGGUAGUACCACCUGAAGUGCUGCUAAAAAAAAACGUCAUUGAACUAAAUACAUGACAACAGAUGUAAUCAAUGGUAUGUUAUGAAUACUGUGUUAUGAGCUAUCCUUAUGGCUUUUCAUAUUGUAAUACAUGUAAUGUUUUCCCCCAGAAAAUGCUGUCAAAGAUGAGCAAAGAAUCAAACGGGCCACAGGACUUUGCAAGCAGCUGGUUGUGGUCUUCACUCACAGCUGGAAGAAGAAGGCGGCACUAAAACAGGCACAGCAAGACUUGAACCUACCUCAACAGUCACUGGUCACUGAAUGUCCGACACGAUGGGGCUCCCGGCAGAAAAUGAUUGGGAGGGUGUUGGAGCAGAGCAAGGCACUGUGCCAGGUUCUGUCUGAAGACAGGAAGACCCGGCACCUGGUCCUCACUUGGCAAGACACAGAUGUCCUUGAAUCUGUAAACAAUGCCCUCGGUCCUCUUCAGGAGUUCACAGACGCCCUCUCAGGUGAGGACUACGUAAGCGUGUCAUACCUGAAGCCAGUGCUCCAUCUCCUCAGAACAGCAACGCUUGCUGAAACUGACCAGGACACGAAUCUCACCAAGGAGAUCAAAUCAAGAGCUCUCCACUACAUUGAAGAGAAAUACAGCGACCCAGUGACACAGGAGCUCUUGGACAUCACAUCCUUCCUUGAUCCAAGAUUCAAGAAGAGCUACAUAAGCGAAGAGAAUGUCCCAUACAUCAAAGACAGAGUGAAGAUGGGAAUGGAACAGGUGGCACAAAAGGAGCAGAGGGCUUGUGUCACAACCCAUCCCAUGCCCCUGAGUGCAGAAGAAGAACCACCAUCCACCUCUACAAAGCGAAAGCGGUCACUGGGCAGCUUUUUCAAGACCAAGGCGGUCCCUGCUUCCUCUACUGUGCAGUUGGAGGAUAUCAUUAAAGCAGAACUGGACAACUACCUCAUAACUCCUACCAUUGAUGGAGAGCAAGAUCCACUGGCCUGGUGGAGAGUGCACAAUGUCAACUUCCCAUGGCUUAGCAAGUUGGCUCGUAAGUACCUUUGCAUACCAGCAACGAGUGCACCAUCAGAGAGACUGUUCAGUGCCAGUGGCAAUAUUGUCACUUGUCAGCGUGCAAGUCUGAAGCCAGCAAAGGUUGACAUGUUGGUUUUCUUGGCCAAAAAUCUCUGAAGGGAUGAAGGGGAAGAUUGAUUUUUGUUGUUGUUCUUCUGCACCUUACCCUGACAUGUCUUUGUUCCAUUAAAAAGGUGUUCACUCUUUUUUACUUAUCUUUUGUUUACAGACUAGAUGUUAAAUAAUGGAACCAGUUGGACAUCUUUUGUUGAUGAGGAAAAUGUAUUUGUUUUAUUAUUAUUAUUAUUUAGUUUUACUACCUUUACAUUUCACUUCCUCUUGCCACUUUAUUUGAAGAAGCACAGGUUUCUGAAUAAACGGGUUGAAUAUCUGUAACUGCUGCUGAUGUUGAUGUUCAUAAGCUAAAUCCUUUGAGCCAUUUUGCACUACUUUUAAGAUAAGACUUCUUUUUUUGCUCAACUUUGUUGUUACACUGAAACUUGUUUAAAUAAAAAAAAUCGUGGAGAAAUCGAAAUCGCAAUCUCUGCCAGAAAAAUCGCAAUUUCAAUUUUUUCUUA